GUGUAGUCCAGUCCACGCCGCCGGGCGGUCGUGUUCGGUAAAACCAGCGUUGGUGUCUGACGCAACAAGUAGCGACAUACUUUUUUUUUAAUUUACAUAACGUAUUUUUUUACUGAUUUGGCCAGCUGACUGUUAUACACAAUGAUCCUGUACCUGAUAUGGGGCGCGGUGCUGGUGGUGGCGGUGCUACUAUAUUUCCGUCAAGCGUACACGCACUUCAAGAAGCGAGGAGUCAAGACCGACUCCAUAGUGCCUUUCUUCGGGUCCAUGUUACCAACCUUAAUUUUUAAAGAACAUUUGGCUGAAAACAUCAACAGACUGUAUAAAGCAUUUCCAAAUGAGAGAUUUGUUGGCAGAUUCGAGUUCACCAAGCCAAUAUUGAUUGUUCGAGACCUGGAGUUAGUCAAGAAAAUAACCAUCAAAGACUUUGAACACUUCCUCGACCAUCGAGUUUUCAUUGAUGACAAAAAAGACCCGCUGUUUGGAAGGAACCUUCUCUCUUUAAAAGGUCAAGAAUGGAAGGACAUGCGGUCGACCUUGAGUCCAGCGUUCACCAGCUCCAAGAUGAAGCUGAUGCUGCCCUUCAUGGUGGAAGUCGGAGACCAGAUGGUGUUCAACCUCAAAAAAAGUAUAAAAGAAAGUAAAACUCCACACCUGGACGUGGAUGCAAAGGAUCUGACAACUCGCUUCGCCAAUGACGUCAUCGCCACAUGUGCGUUUGGUCUAAAGGUGAACUCCCACUCGGAAAGAGACAAUCAGUUCUAUGCACAGGGACUGAUCGCCUCUACCUUCAAGUUUAAACAACUAGUAUUGGUCUUCUUAUCUUCUGCGUUCCCUAAGUUUAUGAAAUAUUUCAACCUGAAACUGUUCUCGGAGAAAACAAGCAACUUUUUCAUAAGUUUAGUGAUGGACACGAUGAAGGACCGUGAUGCGCGUAACAUUCUGAGACCAGACAUGAUCCAACUACUCAUUGAAGCUAAGAAAGGAAAGGUGUCCCACGAAGAAAAUGCUGUCGACCCUGACGCAGGCUUCGCCACGGUUGACGAAUCUGAUGUCGGCAAGAAAGAUGUCAAUAAAAUGUGGUCAGAUACAGACCUGGUGGCUCAAGCCAUAUUGUUCUUCGUUGCUGGCUUUGAGACUGUCUCUUCUGCACUGACCUUCCUUCUGUACGAGCUGGCUGUCAACCCUGAUGUACAGGAUAAACUUGCAAAAGAGAUCAAAGAAUUCCAUGCUAAAAAUGGAGGGAAAUUUGACUACAAUGAUAUUCAGCGUAUGACGUACAUGGACAUGGUGGUUUCUGAACUUUUAAGAAUGUGGGUUCCUACUAUCGUUUUGGACCGCCUCUGCAUUAAGGACUACAACCUGGGGAAACCGAACGAUGAGGCCAAAGAAGAUUUCAUUAUUCGCAAAGGCGAAGGUCUCCAGAUUCCGGCGAUGGCGAUCCAACGCGACCCUGAGUACUUCCCCAACCCUGACAAGUUCGACCCUGAGAGAUUCUCAGAGGAAAACAAGCACAACAUCAAGCCGUUCUCUUACUCGCCUUUCGGACUCGGCCCGAGGAACUGCAUCGGGUCACGGUUCGCACUGUGUGAAGUGAAGGUGAUGGUAUACCAGCUGCUGCUCCACAUGGAGCUUUCUCCAGGUCCCAAAACGCCCAUCCCUGUGAAACUGGCCACAGAUUCCUUCAACCUCAGGAUAAAAGGUGGCCAUUGGCUGAGGUUCAAAAUUAGAGAAUAAAAAAAAACAAAAUAAAUAUAAUGCAUCUAUAGAAGACUGGAGACAAGCAAAAAUACCAAAGUAGAGACUAUUAUGUUCACGAUAAACGAGUGUCGACUGUAAUAUUAGUAGUACUUGUAUUAUGUAAUAUAUAAUAAUUAUACCUUUGACUCAUUGGUUUCAGCCCAUGCCGGCAAUACUAAAAGCCUAUUUAAAAACACUAAAAUACUUAAUAACUGAUUUAUUUUAUGUGUCUAGGAUUUUUUUUAAACUUAAGCUAAAACUGUAAAACAUAUAAGAUUAUUCCUAAGAGAUAAUUAUUAUAAAACUCAAAUGACUAGCAAAAAUAUGAAUAUUAUUUAUUAAUAAUAUGAAUAUUAUAAUAUAUAUAAGUAGCAGUUUUACUUAUGUUUGUUAUUAAAAAAAAUACAAAAUGCUUUGUAUUUCUAUGACCCUGUUGUAAAUA